AUAAUGAAAUGAUAAUAAAAUUAUAAAAUUAAUUUUUUUCUAUGAUUUUAUUUUGGUAACAUAACACUAAACAUUUAUUGUAUUCUGAUGUAGUUCCUUUAUUAUUCAAAUUUACUGUAAAUUUUGUGUAGUUUAAUGUAUUAUACUAGUUAAUUUGAAAAUGGAAAACGCAGAAGUUAUAGAGCACUUUUAUGGUGUAUAUUUGCUAUAUUGUAUGAAUCCAAAAUAUAAGGGAAGAACAUAUAUAGGAUAUACAGUUGAUCCUUGUCGUCGACUUAAGAAACAUAAUGCUGGAAAAGAACAUGGAGGUGCAUGGAAAACGAGUAAUAAAGGGCCAUGGAAUAUGGUAUUAAUUAUUCAUGGCUUUCCAAAUAAUACAUCCGCCCUUAGGUUUGAGUGGGCUUGGCAACACCCUCACAUUAGUCGCCGUUUGAAACAUGUGCCUAAGAAAAAAUCACAACAGAAAGUAAUUGAAUUUUGCUUUCUGGUUCUGUCAAAUAUGUUAAAAGUUGGACCUUGGUGUCGCUUACCUUUAACAAUUCGUUGGCUAGAUUAUGAGUUCUUUGAAAAGUACUCUAGCUAUGUUUCAGCUCCAAUGCAUAUGCCUAUAUGUCAUGGAAAAGUAAUUUCCAAAAAGAUUAAGAAGACAAAUGAUACAAUAGAAACGUUGGAUGAAUCAUCUAUAAUCUGUUCUAUUUGUAAUGCACCUCUAGAUGCAACAAAACAAGCAGUUAGCUGUAUAAAACCUAGCUGUUCAUUAAUAUCUCAUUUAAUUUGUUUGGCACAAUUGUUUCGUAAAGGCAACAUGAUUUUACCAAUUGAAGGUACUUGCCCUAUUUGUAAUACCAAUGUUUUAUGGGGGGAUUUAAUUAGAAAAAAGAUUGGUUGUUAUGGAAAUUUGCAAGAAGUUUCUAGUGAUGAAGAUUAUUAUACUUGAGGUAAAUUAUAUAAACUUUUUCAAUUGUAUAUAGUUUUAGCAAUGAUAACAAUGAAUAUAUCAACAAUUUAAGAUCAUCUAAUUG